AUGGCACCGACACGACGUCUCAAUGCCGACGAAAUUGUUCAGCGCAAGCAGAAAGAAGUGCUCGAGAAAGAUGAUACAGAGAAGCAGCUAGAGAAAAUCCUCUUCGGCGACCAAGCCUCAUUCUUCGAUUCUCUCAAUACCAUUGCGGACGCAGGCGAUCGAGCUCUCACACGGCAAGAAAGCUUUCAGGAUGGCGGGGAUUCAAAUGCAGAGGACGAUGAUAUGCAAGAUGUCGCAGACGAGGAUCUAUUCUUCCUCGAUGCAGGCACCACUGACCUGCCAGACGAUGUGAUGGAGGAUCUACGAGAGGAGCAAACAGACCAAGACGAGGAGAAGCAUGCCCGAAAGAUACUAUGGCAUGACAGCGACGAUGAGAGAAUUACAGUUUCACUUGCGUCAAAUUCACGCCUACGAAAGUUACGAGACACCGAGGACGACGACAUAGUUUCUGGUCUUGAGUACAUCCGCAGGCUACGCAGGCAGUAUGAGAGACUUCAUCCUACACCAGACUGGGUCAAAUACGCCAGAAAAAAGAGGAAGCAUACUCACGAGGGACACGAGUCGGACACAGAUUCGGACGUUUCUUUGGAUGGUUCUCCCACAACCUCAGUCAAACCUCUUGCUGAGCUGUUGCGCUCCACAGCCUCUUUCACAAACCAAGAUUCAAAGAGUACAAGCAGCUCAGGUCCAUUACGGGCUCUCAGGCUUCGCCCAGAAGUCAUCGACAUCCAACGCCUGAAAGACAUAGCAAGUUCCGGCCCUGCCUCGAUCGACACCCUCGAGUUCCACCCCCUUCAUCCUCUCCUCAUGACCGCCGGACCCAGCUCAACCAUAAACAUCUAUCACGUCUCUCCCUCCUCGCAAACUCCCAACCCCCUAAUGACCUCUCUGCACAUAAAAGGCACACCCAUAACCACAGCCACAUUCGCCCUCUCCACAAACCCCACCCCAGACCACACCCACAAACACCACCAGAAAGACCCACCACACCCACCCACCGAAACCAAGAUCUACCUCUCCGCCCGCCGCCGCUACUUCCACACCUGGUCCCUCACAACCGGCACCCUCACCAAAAUCUCCCAACCACUAUACCAAUCCCGCUCCGCAGCAGCAAACACAUCCCUCACCAAAUCCAAAAAAAAUCUCGAAAUCCCAACCACAGAACGCCUCAUCCUCUCCCCAGACUCCUCCUAUCUCGCCAUCAUCGCCAACACAGGCAGUUCCGGUGGCGUAGUCCACCUCCUCUCCGCAACAACACACCAGCCCAUCGCACAAGUCCGCGUCGAGAGUCUAAACGGCAUCGCGGACGUGGCGUUCUACCGCGACAAUAGUGGGUUCGUGGCCGUGGGCAAAAACGGCGAGGUCAGCGAGUAUAACAUCCGGGAACGACGGGUCACGGGAAGAUGGGUCGAUGAGGGUGCCGUAGGGACAACGACGUUGGCGUUAGGCGGAGAGAUCAAGGAUGUGAAAUCAGUUACGAGGAUGAUGGAGAUGGGGAAUGACAGGUAUAUUGCGCUUGGGUCUACGAGUGGUAUUGUGAAUAUUUAUGAUCGACGGGAGAUUAUGGGACAUUUUGCUGGUGCACUCUCGGCUUCAGAAGAACAUGUAUAUCGACCCAAGCCGUUGAGGACGUUCGAUCACCUCACGACGCCGAUUUCGCAUCUGAAUUUCUCGGGUGAUGUGGCUGGGCAGUUGCUGGUUAUGGCAUCGAGAUGGAAGAAGAAUGCUCUGCGACUGGUGCAUCUACCCAGUUGUACUGUGUACAGAAAUUGGCCUACGGACAAGACGCCGCUGGGGAGAAUAAGCAGUGUUGCGAUAAGUCCUGAUGGGGGAUACUUGGCUGUAGGUAACGAGGCUGGGAAAGUAAGGCUAUGGCAGAUCAGGGAUUAA